UUACAGCACGCGUUCCCAGCAGGAUUAGCAGCCAGGUCGUGGGGCGGGCGCCCCGCAGCCGCGCUCCAGCCGCGCUCCGCACGCACCGAGAGAGCCGAGGGCGGCGGCUCCUCCGCACCCGCGCAGGGGAAAGGGCGAUCGUGGCUCCGCGGAUGCUGUUGGCUGUUGCCAUGGCUCCGGAAAGCCGGGGGAGCCCAAUGAGCGCUCUGCGGCAGCGCGGACGGCACCAGCCAUUUUGCUGAUGGGGAAACAAUGUGAUCUAUUCCGCUGCGCUUUACCGGGGAAUAAACAAUAAAACCCGUCGGAGGAAGCAGAAGAAACGGGCUUAUUAACUCUUGCAUAUGAGUUAAAUUAAUUUCUUCAGAGAAACCUUCAUAAAGGGCUAAAUAAACAAGGUCUACAUAUAAAAAAAUUUCUUACUUCCUCUGCAUUUGAGACACAGCUAAACUCGUCUGUCUGACUCACCAUAGAACAGUCUUUGAAGAGGAAAAGACUGCCUGUGUGGAAGACUGAGGGUAUAAGAGCAGUAGACUGUGACAAAUUGCCUCUGACAAGGGAACGGAGAGUUUAGUUUGGAGGGCUGUGGCAGGAAAGCUGGGAUUUAAGUGAGUUAAACAGACAAAGGAAAUCUGAAGACUUUUAUAGCAAAUCUUCCAGUGUCAAAAUGAACACAGAUAGCGGUGGGUGCGCUCGCAAACGUGCUGCAAUGUCUGUCACAUUAACAGCUGUGAAGAGAGUUCAGAGUUCUCCAAACCUAUUGGCCUCAGGGUCUGAUUCUCAGUCUCCAGAUUCAGCUUGGAGAUCUUACAAUGAUGGAAGCAGAGAGACACUGAAUGGAGAUGCUAGCAGUUCGUCUCUUACAGCAAAAGGUUUUAGGAGUGUGCGGCCAAAUCUACAGGAUAAAAAAUCACUAAAUCAGGCACCUCUGCCACCCCCUAGAAAAGAAAGUUUUCGGAAAGCAAGGGUGACUAAUAACAAGAGUGAAAUUAACCUCCAGGCAGUAACAACUAAACACCUUCCCACAGAUACUGCCUGUUACACUAAUGAGAAAUCUAUCCAGCCCGCAAUGUCUUCUCAAAUAUCUAACACAAUUGUGUCCUAUGCUCAAAAAAUUACUAAACCACUGACCUCAGUCUCCAGUGCAGGUGCAGUAGCUGGUAUUAGUACUACUCUCCAUCAAGGCCAAAUGCAACAGUCUCAAAAACGUAGGAUAUCUGCCCUGAAAUUAACCCAGACACGUGACUCAGCAAGUAGCAUUCGUUGUAAUACACAGCAACAGCUCAAGCCUGUUGAAGUGCCGGUAUUUCCACAAGGGCCUGUCUCACCUGCCUGUAACCCCGUGCCUGAGAUACACACAGCAUCUCUUUCCAUUCAGAUAGCUCCCAUCCCUGACAAUAAAGCAGAGCCUGAAAUCCAAGAACAUCCACCUAGUAUUUCUCCAGACACUUCAAAGAUGUCUUCAAAGGAUUUGGGACAAAAGUCUACAGUUCUUCCUUCUUCACAGGCUGCAGAAUGCCAUGUGCUUGGAAACGAGAAAAUAACUGCCCCUGUGAUGGAGGUAAAUGCUUCACAGACACACAGACAAACAGCAACAGAAGCUUCUCCACUGCCUCUUCCUCCUCCUGUGGUACCAGUUAACAGAGCCUCUUUCUCACCAGACAGUGGCACCCAUCUAGUACCAUAUUCUUUGCCAACGCUUGAUGAUUUUUUGCCUUCACGCUUUUAUAAAACCCCAGUCCUUUCACAGUUCUCAUAUAAAUGCCCAUACCUAGUUUCUGAAAGUGUUAUCCACAGGAACGAAACAGCCUCUGUAAGCACAGAUUCUGCCAUGAGUGAGUGCUCCUCCCGCGCAGUGAGUGAGUCCUCCACAGCCAUUCUAGAUGAGCUGCAGAUUUGUAGCUAUGAUACUACUGACUGCUCUGAAACACCUUCCCCAACCUUGAGCCAGAUGUCUGCUGUGUCAGAUGGCACCACCUUAACCAACACUGCUGCCACUUCUCAUGCUCAGAUCACAGUGAAUGGGAACUCUGGCACUGGUGCCAGCCCAGUGAGUCACUUUCAAAGGCCUUUUUCCCCUUCUUCAGCUUAUCCGCCACCAGCUUCGCUCAAUUCCAACAUUGUUAUCAUGCAGCAUGGCAGGAUGAUGGAGUCCACAGAGACAUACUCGCAGCAUGUUCAGACUGUUGGCAGCAGCACCACCACCAGUACAAUACCAAUCUGUAGAUCCUCAGAAGAAGAAAAAAAAAUUACAGUCAUUAAAGCUCCACAUUAUGCAGGGAUUGGGCCAGUAGAUGAAUCUGGAAUCCCUACAGCAAUUAGAACGACAGUUGACAGGCCGAAGGAUUGGUACAAGACAAUGUUCAAGCAAAUUCAUAUGGUCCAUAAGCCUGAUGACGACACAGACAUGUAUAAUACUGCAUAUGCAUACAGUACUGGUGGCUACUCUCCGUCCUUCUCUGCUCAGGCACAUCCAGCUGCAAAGACACAGACAUACAGACCAUUGUCUAAAAGUGCUUCUGACAGCAGCUCUGAUGCCUUUAAGGUCUCAUCCCCUUUACCACCUCCACAUGUGCCACCUCCAGUACCACCACAUCGUCUGAGGGAAAGGUCUACACCAGAAAAAAAUGACUGGGAUCCGCCUGACAGAAAGGUAGAUACCCGCAAGUUCCGUUCUGAACCAAGAAGUAUUUUUGAAUAUGAGCCAGGAAAGUCAUCAAUCCUUGAGCAUGAAAGACCGACUGAUCGCAUAAACCCAGAUGACAUAGAUUUAGAAAACGAACCCUGGUAUAAAUUCUUUUCAGAACUGGAGUUUGGACGUCCGCCACCUAAAAAGCUUUUGGACUAUGUUCGAGACAGUUCUUCUGGUGUUUCCAAUGAGACUUCCUUAUAUCAUCACUAUUCAACAGACAGAGGCCUGGACAGGCCCUCUAGCUCCGCAAGUACUGCGAGUGACUACAGAAAAAGAAGGAAGUCGGAACCUGCUGUUGGUCAUCAGAGGGUGCACAGCGAUCAGAAUGCAAACAGGCCAAGCCCGAGCCGUACAGAUAUGCAAGGCCCAUAUACCACCCUUAGAAAGCCUUUAACUAGCUCAUCUCCUUCUUCCCCAUCAAGAGCAAAAGGUGGGGAUAUUAGCAAAGUAUACCCAUCCCUUUUAAACUAUUCAGUGCACAACCACAACACCUCAAAUGAAUUAGAUUACUGUAGCACUUACAGACAACAUUUAGCUGUUCCAAAUGAUUCAAGAAGGGCAGUCAGCUACAAGAACGGCUGGCAAAUGACUCGUCAAAAUGCAGAAGUUUGGAGCAGCACAGAAGAAACUGCUUCUCCAAAGAGGAAAUCUCGUAGCUGUGAUGAUCUGUUAACAGAUGAUCGUGAUAGCUUUCCCGAUGCACAGGCCAAGUCUGAAAGUAUGGGCUCUCUGUUGUGUGAGGAGGACUCCAAAGAAGUUUGCUCAAUGAACUGGACCUCUCCAUAUGUUCCUGAGGGCCAUGGCAGUAGUAGGUCCAGAGUUCGCCACAGAUCUGCACAUGAUGCCCCAGGAUUCCUAAAAAUGUACAAGAAGAUGCACCGCAUCAAUCGCAAAGACUUGAUGAAUUCUGAGGUUAUCUGUUCUGUGAAGUCAAGGAUACUGCAGUAUGAAAAAGAACAACACAAAGGUAUUCUUCAAGGCUGGAGAGAGUCUUCUACUGAAGAGGUGCCCAGAGACAUGGUGCCAACGAGAAUAUCUGAAUUUGAAAAAUUAAUUCAGAAGUCAAAAUCAAUGCCGAACCUAGGUGAUGAAAUGUUGUCAACCGUUACACUAGAGCCUCCUAAAAAUGGCUUGUGUCCACAGAGGCGAUUUUCUAUUGAAUCCUUGCUGGAGGAAGAAGAUCAAGGCAGACAUCCAUCUCAGGUACAACGGAACUACAAGUCUAAAACCCUGGUGCCAAUUCAUAUUGAAGUGACCAGUGAUGAGCCACAAAGAUCACAUAUGGACUUUUCAGACAGUGAUCAGGAUGGAGUGGUUUCUGACCUCAGUGACUUUAUCCAGAUAGAGGGUUCAUCCUUUUGUAGUGAAAGUGACUUUGACCACUUUUCCUUCACGUCAUCUGAAAGCUUUUAUGGAUCAGGCCAUCACCAUCACCACCACCACCAUCAUCACCGGCAUCUCAUCAGCUCCUGCAAAGGGCGAUGUCCAGCAUCCUACACCCGCUUCACCACCAUGCUAAAACAUGAAAGGGCUAAACAAGAAACCACUGAAGAUCCAAGGAGACAGGAAGCAGAAUCUGGCCUCUCUAAGAUAGCAUUUCUAGUAAGUCCAGUGCCUUUCCGGAGGAAAAAAAGUGCAGCUCCUAAAAAACAAACUGAAAAGAAAAAAUGCAAAUCGUCUGUAUUUGAAGCAUUAGAUUCUGCACUUAAAGACAUCUGUGACCAAAUUAAAGCUGAAAAAAGAAGGGGAAGCUUGCCUGACAACAGUAUAUUACACAGACUUAUUACUGAGCUGCUUCCAGACAUUCCAGAAAGGAAUUCAUCUCUUAAAGCGCUGAAAAAGAGUCCCAUGCACCAGCCUUUUCAUCCACUGCCUCAAGAUGGUGCUAUCCAUUAUCCACUGUACCAGAAUGAUUGUGGAAGAUUACCUCUUAGUGCCUCUUUUCCAGAUAUGGACGCAACUAACAACAAUGAUAGUGCACUGUGUUUCCAAGUAGACCAGGAGUCUCCUGGAAGCUUUUCUUCUGCUUUCACUGAUGUGGGACGAUGUACUCCAAGGGAGAGAAGAGGAACUACAGACAAAGAGAAACUGCCAGCCAGAGCUGUAUAUGACUUUAAAGCUCAGACUUCUAAAGAGCUGUCCUUUAAGAAAGGAGAUACUGUCUAUAUCCUCAGGAAAAUUGAUCAAAACUGGUAUGAGGGUGAGCACCAUGGAAGAGUUGGAAUAUUCCCAAUUUCUUACGUUGAGAAACUUUCUCCCCCAGAAAAAGCACAGCCUGCCAGGCCACCCCCCCCUGCACAGAUUGGAGAGAUUGGAGAAGCUAUUGCCAAAUAUAAUUUCAGUGCAGACACAAACGUGGAGUUGUCACUUAGAAAGGGAGACAGAGUAAUUCUUCUUAAGCGAGUUGAUCAAAACUGGUAUGAAGGUAAAAUACCAGGAACCAACAGACAAGGCAUCUUCCCUGUUUCCUAUGUAGAAGUCAUCAAAAAGAACGCUUCAAAAACUGUUGAUGACUAUCCUGAUCCUCCGAUACCCCAAAGCUAUUCUAGUGACAGAAUACACCAGUUAAGUUCAACUAAGUUACCUUCCCAAGCACUGUCCCCACUUUCCAGACAUCUUUCCUCCUCUUGGUCAGACAUUGAUCAAAAGAUUCUCCAAGCUGCCACUAGUGACUGGUUUUCAAGGACUGUCGGUAUUUCACCAUCAAGCCCGUGCAUUUUACCUCCUUCACCAUUUCCAGACAGUUUUCUUUCUGACUUAGAAGAAAUCAAUUCUUUGGCAUUAACAUCCCAAUCAGUAGCGAUCUCCCCAGGUAAUAGCAUUCAUCAAGUUAAUGAUGAAUUAUUUAUUCCAAAUACAGAGGUCUCUCUCAGCUCUCCUACAGGUCCUCCUCUGUCCUUUCUUGUAUCUACCUCUGUCUCAUCUUCAGCCAGCUCAUCUCAUGGCAUAGCAUAUAAGCAUACCAGCAACAAUAUCGAACCACAACGAGAUAAAGACUUCAGAGAAAUACUUGACUCUUCAGUUAUCGAAGUACCUAGAGACUUGUCAGAUACUACAAGAGAAGGUGAGCAUGUUGGCACUGUCCCUAACAUCCCUUCGCCACAUGAAGGUGGCUCCAUCUCCAGAAUGCUAGCUGCAGCUGCUGGAAAUGAAGAGGAAAUCUGUACUGCAGAUAUGGCAGUUAAUAUAUGGGAUCAGUCAAAGUCUCAAGAAUCAGAUUUCUACAGAGAAGCACAAGACACAACAGAAAAACUGACAAGACUCUGUAUAGAGGAGGAUCAGCUCUAUAUAGAGGAGGAUCUGGGACAUGACAAUUUAGAAUUCCCGAUAGCAAGUGGAGGAGACUCUAUGAUGUGUUAUGAAGGAUACAAUUCACCAAAUAUUGAUAAGGCACAAGUUUUUCACUCUGUUCCUACAACAUCCCCGUCUACUGCUUCCCUCUCACCUACUCUCCUUUCUAAAACCUUACAUCAGCAGGAGACAGACUCACCAAAGGCUAAUUUAAAGAGACAGAUAUUUGUUUUGGGUAAACCUCCUCGUAGCCCAGUGAUGACUAAGAGAUCCUGCAGCUCACCUGUCAGAGGUCACAGCUAUUCACACAGGCCACAGCGCCCUGUGCUUGCUCAUGAAAACAUACAAAGUGGGGGGGAACCGUUUCAGGCUCUGUAUAACUAUACUCCUAGGAAUGAAGACGAAUUGGAGCUCAGAGAGGGAGAUGUCAUUGAUGUGAUGGAAAAAUGUGAUGAUGGAUGGUUUGUGGGAACCUCGAGAAGAACCAAAUUCUUUGGUACUUUCCCUGGAAACUAUGUCAAGAGGCUCUGAAAUUUUUUUUCUACUUAUUUAUGCUGCAUCUCUGCAACACAUCUGCAUAAAGCUGCUAGAAAACAUGCUGCGCUGGCCUUCUGUUUUCUUGCUUGCAGUCUAAGAGAAAGGCCAUCUAGUUCAUCCUCAUCCCAUCCCAUCCUCCAAACCGUUCCAGCAGUAUUACAGCAACGACCACGGUGUGAAUAACUAAGGUUUUCUAAAACAAGAAGCAGCAUUUCAACAUUUAAGUACUCCCUGCUUUAAAGCCUUUCCAUUUGAAACACGGUAGGCAAAGC